UUCCAGAUGAUGGAGAACAAUGAGGCCUCCAACGCCCUCUUGACCCAAGCGGCGGACCGACUCGACGCUGCAACCAAGGCCCUGAUGAAAGAGAAGGACGAGUUCGCCUUGGCCAAAGAGCAGCUUCUCGAGAAAGGAACCGAGUUUGCGUCCAUCAAUGUUGAGUUGGAGAAGGCCAUGGCGGCCGUCGAAGAGCUCGUCGCCAUCCAGUGCAACAACUUCGCCAACUACGACAACCCACUGAACACUACCCCGACUUCUAGCUCUUGCUCUGGAAUGGGUAUUUUCGACCCCCAAGAGAUUGCUUCUUUCCAGAUGGACCUUCACAAUGAGAAGAACGAGCUUGAGGCUGUCAAGAUUGCUCUGAACGAUGCUUUCUCGGACAUCAAUUUGGCCCAUGGGGAGUCUGAUGUGAAACAGAAUGGCGACAAGGGCAAUGGCCAGUAUGGUCUAGAGCAAAAGACCCACGCCUCUGGCUACCCAAACACAAACGGAACCAUCGAAACUCAGGCCAAGGAGCGAGAGGACCUCAAGGCCUCUAUCAUUGAGGAGCUGAAGAAAGAGCUGAAGAAGGAGCUGAAGACCGAGAUCAAGGCCGAGCUCAAGAGCAAACUCAAGAACAAGCUCAAGGCCAAGGUCACCGACCUCAAGGCCGACAUCAUGACCGAACUCAAGACUGAGCUCAAGGAAGAGCUCAUCGAGUAUAUCAACUCGAACAUCAAACACGAAUUCAUCAAGCACGAGAUCAAGGACGCUGUCUCCCACGAGAUGGCUGACUGUGUCAAGCCAAGACUCUUCGACGAGAUCUAUGAGGACAUGAGAGAGGCCCUGCAACGUAUCGACGACAAGGAGGAGGAGCUUCAGAGGAGCUUCGACGAAGCACUCCACCGUCUCAACUUGAAGAGCGACAAACUUGAGAAGAAGAUGGAGAAUCGCAUGGACGAAAAGCUGGGAGCCCGAUCGGUCCAGGGCUGGAACGAGACACGCGACAAGAAGCACCAGACGAAGAUGCGUGCCAAAAAAGUGACGGCCGUCCCCUCUCAGCCCUACCUGAAGUCUGAGGGCUCCAUUGUAGACCGCUGUGUUGCGGCAAACGCUUGCGAUUGGGGUGCCUGGGGUGCCGAGACGCCCGAUUUCGAGUCCGAGCAGGAGAGGUCUUCUGACACAUGGGGCGAGCCGUCCACUGCCAAGGUUAAGAAAGCGGAUUCUUGGGACUGGGGCUGGGCCAAGCCGUACUGA